AUGUACCCAGCUUUGAUUAUUAUGUUUUUUCAAGUUCUUUGUUAAGUUUUCUGGUUUUAUAAGAAAAGAACAAGUUUGAAGGCAACAUUUAACACGAUACCGAUGCAAAUGUUUAAAUUUAAAGUAAAUCAAGUGAACCCACCGCCGCGUUUUAUCUGCAAGCCGCCAAAAUGAGUGAAAACAAGAAACUACUCGAUGCACUGCUGUGCGAGAUCUACGGUCGUCAGGAACAGAGCAGGCAACAAUCCAGCCAGGAUUCUUCGAGUUCGAAGGAGCUUAAGGGACAACUGGCUCGUAUGGUCAGCGGCAUGAGCGGCAAUCGGUCUACUUUGGAGCGAUUGAGUGUGCGGAAGCUCAUCGAUGUUUGUGCCAUUCUCAAGGUAGAGAUUCUGAUGAUCGGAUAUUUGUUGGAAAAAGUCCUCAUAGCCAGGGAUAGGUUGCAACGCCAUCAGGAGGUGCUUUGCGAAUUCGUUACCGCUGUGCUCGUCGUGGAGAGUGACGAUGCACAGCCUAAAAUGCGUUUUAGCCUCUCACCACCGCCACAGAAAGCCAUUGCCAGCAGCAGCAGCAGUAGCUCCACCCGCCUAACCUCGCCCACCAUCGCCAACGCCACCAGGAACAUCUCUACACGGAGCAGCACCACCCUCGGCCCAAGCACCACAUCCCCCGGCAGCUACAAUAGAAGCCCCAGCCCCCGAGCCUUUGGCAGCAUGCUGGCCCGCAAUGGCGGAGGACACGAGGUCAACCCGAGUGCCACCGCCUCCGGGUCCGGAUCCGCUGCCUCCACUACCGCCGCCGACGACGAAGCUGCCUCGGAUUACAACCAGUGGCUGCAUGCCAUGAAGCUGGUGGCCCGCCUGCCCGGAGGCACACCGCCCGAGUUCCGGCGCAAGUUGUGGCUCUCGCUGGCGGACAAGUACCUCAAGUCAAAGAAUGUGGACUGGGCACAGCAGCGGGAGAAAUGCUUCUGCGAGGAGUGGCGCGAGGAUGAUGAGGAGCUGGGCAUCCAAAUCGUCAAGGAUCUGCACCGGACUGGCUCGAAUCUGUGCACCGGCCCCGCGGGCUCCAUCAACCAGGCCAAGUUGAAGCGCAUACUGCUCGGCUAUGCUCGCUAUAACCCCGAGGUGGGCUAUUGCCAGGGCUUCAACAUGCUGGGUGCCUUGAUAUUGCAGGUGAUGGACAAGGAGGAGGAGGAGUCCAUGAAGGUCAUGAUCUAUCUGGUGGAGGGCGUACUGCCUACGGGCUACUUCUAUGGCUCAAUGGGCGGUUUGCAGGCGGACAUGGGCGUUUUCCGGGAGCUGAUGCAAACCCGCUUGCCCCGCUUGGCGAAGCACUUGCAACGCCUCCAAGGUCCUGUGGAGAAUGCCUUUGAGCCGCCGCUGACCAAUGUGUUUACCAUGCAAUGGUUUCUCACCAUGUUCUGCACCUGCCUGCCCAUGUCCUGUGUUCUACGAGUGUGGGAUCUGGUUCUCAUCGAGGGCAGUGAUGUUCUGCUGCGAACAGCUCUUGUUCUUUGGAGUUUGCUUGAAGAGCGCGUUCUCAGCGUUCGUUCCGCGGAUGAAUUCUAUGGGAAGAUGGGUUCCUACUCCAGUGAGCUGCUCAAUGGCCAUCUUGUGGACUCCAAUGGCCUUAUCGAAAGGGUAGUAAAACUGGGACCCAUUGCGGAUCUGCGACAGCUGAGGGACAAGCAUCUGUACAACAUUGCCCCAUUGCGUCACAAGCAGGGAUUGCAGCUCUACUACGACGACGAGGAUACGCAUUCGGAUGAGGAGCGCAUGGCGGUGGCCACCGUUUGGGGAUUGAAUUGGGGCAGACGUGGAUCUGUGGGUCCAGCGGCGGCAGGCAAGCAGCCAGCGGAGCAAAAGGAUCGCCUGGCUCUGGACAUUUCCCUGCUGAAGAAGCAAUACGAUCGACUGAGGGAGCGUCAGAAGCAGGCUCAUGUCAUCCUAACCACAGCCUGCUCCACGGCUGCACGGCAGGGAACGGGACCUGGGAACAGCACCCAGCCUGCGGUGCCAGUGAAUCAAUUGCUCCUUGGUCGUCCAGCCAUUGUGACCAACAAGGGAAAACGGGUCGGUGCUCCAUUGGGUGCCAUUCCACCUGCUCGCAAGCCUUCGCUACCCGCAGUGCUCCAUACCAAGCCGGCGGAGAAGCAGUUGCGCCGCGGGGAGACGCUCCUCUGGCGAGACACGGAUCCGAGCAGGAGACGUCGGGACAGUCUGACCUGGAAGGAGAUCAAGGCAGAUCGAGCGGCCAUGAUGCGAGAGGGCGUCGAUGUGAGUUCCAUGAAAACCCAGAAGCUGCGCACUCGCUUCGGCAAGAGCGAUAGCUCUUCCUACAGCGAGGAUAGCGAUGGAGAGCAGGAGGUGGGAGGUGGUAGCGGUGGAGGAGGUUCCAGCACUGAUACCAGUCUCUGCGACGAUGAUGAUCCCAAAUCCAUGGAAAAGAGUCCCAAGCAGAAGGCCAAGCUUGCCCGAAAACUCAAGGAGCAGAAACAACUGGGCAGCUCCAGGGAGGCAAGCCUGGAACGACAACGACCCAAGUCCUGGGCGCCCAGCAGCCAAGAGAUUCCCUUCAUUCUGAUGGGCACGGAUAGCGGGGAUGAAAAGGAUCCACCUGUUAAGGAGGAUAAUGACAUAGCAGAGGAUAGUGCCACGGAAAGCGAUCGCUUCCCGUACGAGAAGGAUCUGAAUUUUGUCAACUUCAAACUAGAGCCUUUGGAUAUAAAAUCGGUUACCGAAGGCAUAGAACUGCCAGAGAUUCCCGGCUUGACACCCAUUAGUCCCAUACCCACUACCAAGGAGAAGAGUGCAGCUGAGGAAGAUUUGCUAGAGGAGCACAAGCCUUUUGAUGGGAGUGAUAGCGGAGUGACCAAUCAGUAUUUCGAGAGAGUCAACAGUGUGGAGCGACCCAAUAAGCUGGAAUUAUCCUAUUCCCUCAACGAGGAGGAAUCGGAGACAAGCGUCGCGUAUCUGGAACAGCGAGAAAAGGUUGAAGGACACAGUGCGGAUGGGGAUUACCAGGCAUUGCCACCACUUCCCCUGAACCCAGAGGAUGAUCCCCUUCCUGGUGCUGGUAAAGUGCCUCAGAUUCGCGACGAUAACAUUCCAGGUGAGAACAAAGACGACUACAAGGAGCUGCUGAGCAUGACGAUAGAGGAAAGGGUGGAAUUCAAGCCACCACCUCCGACAGCCAGUAGCUUGAGUAGUGCCGCCCGGAAAAGGCGAGAUCCCCGUCGCAAGACCCUGACCCGCUCUUCGACUAUUGAUAUCGAGGAGCGUUACCAGGCUCUGGAACGGAGGAUCAGCCAGGAGCAGCCAACGGUGGAGCGGUCAUCCAAAUACAUUCCCAGCACUGCCGCUUUGGAGGAACGCUUCAACACGCUGGAAAAGCAACUGAGUGCCGAAAAGCAGCGCAAGGAACUCGUGGAAAUGGAUGCCGACCAACCGGAAAAGUUCGAACGAAUUCCCUCCACCGCCGAUUUAGAGACCCGUUUCAAUGCCUUAACUAAACAAAUGAGUUCCAGCGAAUCCACAGCCAAGUCUCCCAUCGAUCUCAAGGAGGACGAACAAGCUAGUGGCAGCAGCAGUUUCAAGGAGCAAAAGGAUAGCGAGAAAACCAGCAAGCUGCACAAAUCCGAGGACAUCGAAUCGGAAGCCCAAGAAAGGUCCUCCUCCGCCAAAUGUGAAACCAACGAAUCUAAAGAAAAGGCCACUGAAGACGAAAAAGCAGAACAGCCACGCCUUAAAAAAUUACCCUCCACGGCUGAGCUGGAAGAUCGCUUCAAUGCCCUUGAACGUAAGAUGAGUGUGCAGAAGAGCAGUCCAGUGAAAACCAAGAAGGAGCCACCCGAUGAAGAAUCUAAUGAUCAGGAAAGCAAACCACAAGAGUCCGAAAAGGCAGUUUUAAAAGAGCACAAAGGAAAUCGGGAAGAGUCUGAAGUGAAAGUGUUAUCCCCAACAGAAGAGCCAGCUCCGAAAAGUAAAUCAAAGCCAGUUGCAUCACCAAAGCAAGCGGAAAAAUCUUUAAAAGAAAGUUCUGAAGGGAAAAGGGAUACCAAAGAAUCGGAAAUUGUUGAAGAAGAUGUUGCACCAAAUAUUGAAGUCAAAAAGAAAACUGAUUCGGCUAAAGUUGAUCCUACUGAAAAAGAAAGCCCUAAGAAGGCAGAUCCUAAAAAGGUUGAAACCCAAAAGAAAGUAGAAUCCAAGCCGGUGGAGUCUGCAAAGAAAACUGAAUCGGAAAAUGUUACAACAACCAAAAAAACAGACUCGGAAACCAAGUCGCCAGCCAAAGAGUCUAAGGAAGCACCACGAAAAUCGCCACCUUCAACCGAGGAACUAGAAAAGCGCUUCAAUGCCCUGGAAAAGCAGCUGAGCACCACAAAUCUAGAACCAACCAAGCAGGCUGAGCCAACAAAGUCCCCCGAAAAAACCAAAGAAGUACAACAGGAUGAAAAAGCACAAAAGUCAAUGAAAUCCUUUGAUGACAAGAUCAAAGAGGUGAAUACAGCUCUGGUCAAGGAACAAAUAAAAGUGGCGCAGAAGGAUCCUGCGGAGAAGAAACCAAAAUCUCCCGAAGAGAAAGUAAAGCCACCCUUAAAACCUGAACCAGAGCAAAGCCACCAAAGUGACCUGAGCAAACGAAGAGCCUCUGAGCCACCUUCCACAGAGGACUUGGAGAAACGCUACGAGACCCUGAAGCGUCGUAUGAGCAGCAAGAAUCACUUUUCCACUCCAAACGAGACGGUUAACGAGGCUCUGGAGAGGAUUGAACAGGAGAUGAUCUCGGAAUCUGUGGAGGAGGAGAAGAAGCCGCCACCAUCCACAGAAGAUCUGGAGAGCCGCUUUGAGGCAUUGCAAGGCGGAGAGAAAAAACCCAAGACCCAGAGCCAACCCAAGCAUGUGGACGUGGCCAUCGAAGCGCACAUUCCCGAGCCGCCGCCACCACCUCCGCCACCAAAGGAGCUGCCUAUUCUCUCUGGCCCUGUGCUCCACCAGCAGCAGGCUCUGAUCGAGGAGCUGCAGCGGAAGAUGCGCGGCCAAUCACCGGGUGAUGAGAACCUCAAGCCCAGCGAGAUCAAUCCGGAACGGAGGCAGCGGAAGCUGCUGCAACGACCCACGCCCAUGGGCGAUGAGACCUCGGAAGCACCUGCAAACACGGCUUACUACAGAGCGGCAAACCAAGAACAAUGGCAGCAGCGCAUGGUGCGUCGGUUCUCUGACCUGCCCUCCCGGGCCGAUCUCGAGAACCGAUUGCAGUUCCUGGAGAGGCAACUCUACAAGAAGUUCUACAAGCAGCGCUGUGCAAGUGAUUCCGAAGUUGCAUCGAAGGUCAAGCAUUCACCCUCGCCCGACGAACUGCCGACCACCUCCCGCCAGGCCAGAGCCGUGGCCGAUGGACUGCUGGAGCAACGUGUCCUGGCCCUGGAGAAGCAGCUGAGCGAGAAUAGUCUCAAGCUGCUCGAGGCGAUACGGGAUCGUGAGGCGAACGCAGCAGCUCCCCAGAGCGAUGACAGCGGUGGCAGUCCUCGACGACUCAGCACGGAAACAAUCGAUGCCACCGGCAAGGAACUGGUUAGGUACACCCAGAACAUUGGUGAGCUGGAGGAAGUGGAUGCCCACAAGCCCAUUAACAUUAGCAUUAACAUCAAAAUGCUGCUCAACAAGGACAGGAGUGAACCCAAGCAGCCUAAAGCCGAGUCCCAGCCCACAACCGAGGAUCUAACCCGUCGCCUUGAGCUCUUAGAGCAGCAACUGCUGGAGGAGCGGGCCAAGAAUGGCUCAUUUAUUCCAGAAAAUGGAGUCAUUCGGCCUGAGGAAAGUGAGGCCUGCAAGAAACAGGAAAAGAACUGCCACAAUCAGCAUGUGAAAAGCGAUGAAAACCAAAAGGUCGAGGAGCCUGUCAAGGAUCAAAUCAAACCCGAGACCGCCAAAGAAACCAAGACUAUGGAAAAUGAGGAAAAAGCUCAAGCUCAAGCUCGAGCCAAGGAAGUGGUUACCGAAAAAUCCACAAAAUUGGAUAAACCAAAGGUGGAUGAGAAAACUGUUGUCAAGGAGGUAAAAGUGGAGCCUCCCAUUAAAGACAAAAAAGAAGAGAUUACCAAGAAAGAAGAUAAAGCUCAUGUCACUAAAGAAGCCUCCUCCGAAAUAAAACCUAAACCAACUAAAGAGGAAAAUCCCAAAAAGAAAUCUCCAAACCAAAAGAAUCUUCCUCCCAAGGAAUCCCUACCAAAGAAAGAAAUUCCGAAGACAGAGGAAACCUCAUCUAAGGAAUCAGCUUCCACCAACAAGACACAGGAUAAUCCAAAGGCUGAAACAAUCAAGGCAAAGGAAACCGCCUCCGCCAGCAAAGAAUCAAUCAAGCAACUGCCAGAGAAAACCAAAGUGACCACCAAAGACCUAUCUUCGCCAAAAGAAGUGCCCGAUAAAAUGGUGAUUAAUGCUUCUGAUUUAGGACCAAUGGAUCCCAACAACAAGACAGUGGUGCUCCUCAUGGACAACGAACCCCGAGCUUCGAGAGUUAGAAGAUUGACAAGAGCCAACACCGAGGAAUUGGAGGGACUUUUCCAGGCACUAGAGAAGCAGCUGAGCGAUCGUAAUCUCAUAAAGUCCGAAGAUGGUCGUUUAAUAAGAGCGGAUAGCAAGCCAAGUGCUGAGCAGGCAGAGCAAGUUCAAGCUAUCAGUGAUCUCACCAAGGAAAUCGAAGACUUCACCAGCGGUAAGCCGGAGGAGAAAGAGAAACCAGAGGAAGCCGUUAAAGAGGACAAGCCAGAGCCGGAGGAGCCAGAGGAGGACUACGAUUGGGGACCCAAUCCGGUGAAGCAUCACCUGAAAAGAAAGACAGCCUACCUGCCUUCUACAAAAGAACUUGAGGCACGCUUCCGUUCCUUGGAGAGGCAGAUCAAACUGCUGGAAGACGUGGAGAAGAUCGAUGUGGAGCAGCGUCUGGUGGAGAUUGAGCGAAAGAUCAAGUUGCAGUAUUCGCUGUCUCACGAGAAGGAUUUGAACAAGUAUUUGGAGCUGUGCGAAGGCAGGGGCUUGGAUGAUGAUGAAACUUUACCCGAAGAAACAGCCACCAAGGAGGAGGAAACUGCAAGGGCCAGGGAUCGCUCACGCAGUCCUGGACGCAAGGUGGCCACCAAAUCCCCAUAUACUUCUCCCUCAAGAAAGGUGGCCACUAAAUCCCCAUACACAUCACCUUCACGGAAGUCUGCCACCAAAUCACCUUACACUUCGCCCUCCAGGCAGCGCGAGAAAACACCCUACUCCUCGCCAACCCGCUCGCCGGAAAGGAAAUCCAAACGGAGUCCCUACACCUCACCAGCUCGUCGCAAGCCGCAUCCCAAUGACUUGCCAAUCUCUGAUGAUCUGGAGUACAAGUACCGCGUGCUCGACUUGGUUCGAUCCAAGUCCAAGGAGAAUCUGGCCAAACGCAUGAAUGAUCCCAAUAGAAAGCCGCCCAUUCAUCCACUCGAAAUACUGCUCGAUCCUAGUCCCGAUGACAGUGCAAUACCCUCGACUGGGGAGUUGGAGCACAGGAUCCGAGUACUCGAUGGAAAACUCAAGUCCCCGGCAAAGGUUCGCUCCAAACCGCGUUCCCGUUCGCCAACCAUCGAGGACAUGAAGCGACAAAAGAUGAGGGAUGAGCAGAAGCCCAGGACACCGGUGCACAAUCUGGAGCGAUUGGUCAGCUCACCUGGCCGACCAGAGCCACCCACUGCCGAGGAACUGGAAGAGCGUAUGCGCAUCCUGGAGCAAGAGCAUACCUUUGACUUCAAGACCCAAAAGGACUACCGGGCAUUCAAUCAAAAGCUAAAGGACGUGAUAUCACCAUCGCUCUCCUUCGAGGAGUUCCGGGCAGCCAAGUCCCGGGAACAAAGUCCCCGCCGCCAUGGCGCCACCACACCCAAGUCUGCCCUGCGUCGUGACGAUUACGAUGAGGCCACCUCCAAUACGACCACCACCUACUAUCGGCCCACCAGUCCCAAGGUGAUACGUUUCCAGGACGAAGACGAGGACCACUUUGAGGAGACGCCCAGGCCCAAGUCGCGACAGACCAGCGAUCGAAUGACUCUUGCAGAUCAGCCAUCGGCCACUCGCAGCUACGCCAGCAGCUCGGAGGGUCUGGAUGCCCUGGGCAGUCGCCUUAUGAGGGAGACCUCUCCGAUUACCCGAACUGGAACCCACACCGGUGUACCGCUGCGCACUGGGGAGAACAUCAACGACCGGCUGAGUUCGAUCAAGAACUCGAUCAAAUCCAUCGACAACCUGUGCGAGGAGAAGCCUCCUCCUUACCAGAAGGAGAAAUGCCAGCGCUACAUCGACUCACUCUUCUCGGACUCCCUGCACUUUGCCAGCAAGAAGAGCUCUCUGGAGGACCUAAGUCUCAGCCGGAGUCUGAGUCGCAGUGAGAGCCGUGGCAGGAGCAUCCAUCGAGCAUCCGGUGACUAUGCUCCCUCCAUUCGAAUCACCUCGGAGCAUAGGUCAUUGGGCUCAGCGGAGUCCCGAAGGAGUCCGCUGGGAAGCUCGGCUCGGGACACGAGUCCCCUGCACUACCGAUCCCAUCGGGAUAUGAGCAGGGAUCUCUCGCCACGGAGGAGACGCCUAGAGGAGCAGGAGGAGGAGGAGGAGCGCGAGCGAAGGGAACGCGAGCGGGAACGGGAGCGGGAGAGCAGUAGGGUAAGACGUGAUAACUUGUUGCCAAAUUAUUCAGCCGAUAAUCGUAGCGAACUAAGUAGCGGGAGUAGUUUAACCGGGUUUAACCACAAAGUAGAUAGACAACUAGAAGAGACCUGCGCCAAGUACGCGGACGACGCCCGACGCUCGGCCUGUCGCACCCCGUUGAGCCAUCCCUACGAGUCCCGCAGCACAGCCACACGACACCAACAACCAUCACACCACACAGAUCCAGUCCAGGACAGUUUCCCCCGGCCCGUCUCACCCUAUCGCCAGGCGUAUGAACCCCGUGGUCCAGCAGGUGCCACUAGCUCAUCGGCCCCCGUCUAUCAGCCCGGCAAGCUGGAGAUUCGCCACACCACCGUGACCUCCACCUUUUAUGAUCGUUUCCUUACCGAAAAGCAGAUCGAGCGGACCCAUUCCCGUCCCAACAGCAGGUCCCCAGUGGCAUCGCCCUCGGUUCCAGCCAGAGGGAGCUAUGGGGACUUUAGUACCACCACCUCAGCCCCAUCCUGCACCACUGCCACCGUCACACCGUCACUCAUGUCCAGCAGCUAUGCAGGCACAUCCUUUUCGCUGCCCACCAGCAGCCAGUAUCCCUAUUCUAGGGUCACAUCCUCCUCUGAUCUUCGCUCUGCUGCCACUGCUACCACUACUUCAGCCUCAUCCACCUCAACCACCACAUCCUCCUAUGUGCCGUACAAUUUCAGCAGCUCCUUUACUUCUCGCCUGAGUGAUCCCAUUACCACGUGCUCGGCGAGCACCAGUUCCCUCACCACUUCCACGGGGGUCUACAAUCCCAUGAUGUCGUUCACACUGAGGGAACCAUUGGCCAGCAGUUCCCUGGGUGCUGCAAGUGCCUCACCACUGGCUCCGUUUCAGUUCAAUCGCACCUUCGUUUCCAAUUUUGACAAGGAACAGGAGAAGAAAUAAGGAAACCACAUCAGUCGUUAACCAAAGGUUGUCCAUAAACAUCACAAAACAGAAUAAAUACACAGAAAAAAUACAUACUUCGAAUGAAUUCCAGACGUAACUCGAACAGAUCAAGCUCAAAAAUUAAUAUAAUGAGAGAAAAAGUGUUUUCUAAAAUGAUUA